UAGACUGUACGACAACCAAGUACAAAAGUGUAUCACUGCCACAACCGGCUACAAUGUCCCAUAGAGUACUCAUUAAUAUCUUUGGACUUAGUCAGUGCAAGAACUUUGGUAGCAUAGGGGAAUGAUCGAACAUUUGUUUGUUAUGACAGCUAGAUAGGUUAGUUACGUGUUUGAUAUAUUUUUGUUUUUGUUGUCAUCGUCACUCACAAUGUCACAAGAUCUUAGCAGCAGGAAACGUGGUCGAAAUAACUGUGAAGAGGAAUGCUGUGAUUUUAUGCCAUUAUCUAAAAGAAUUAACAACUUGCACAUCAAUGGGACUAUUUACAGCACUUGCGAACAACAUUCUGAACAUGCCAUUUUUAAGCAGGAUGGAACAGUGGAAGAGUGGAAUGGUUUGCAAAGUAUGAAAGAUGAACGGCUGCAGUCAACACAUUCACUGGGUCCCACAUGUGCCACAGACAAGAAUAGUGGCACUAAUUUUCACAGUGUUGAUGGCAACUUCAUAGAAAACAAUUGCGCCACAAGCCAGGAAUACCCAUGGAUGUCAGAGCACGUACUCAGCCAGUAUGCACCAUCUCUCACCGCUACUGAUAAUCCGUACUAUUAUGAAAACAAUAAACUAUUGUUUGCUUUGUACAUGGAACGGUUACAGAGAGGUGGAAUCCCUCUUUAUUAAUGCUAGUGUUCACAAACUUGAUGUUGCUGCAGCAGGAACAAAUUUUGUAGUUCUUAAAUAGUUUUUACGUGAAUAUGUAAGUAACAAUUUUUUCAGCUUCUGUCUCUUACUGGAGAAUACAUUUAAGCACCCACUGACAAAUUUGACCUUAUGCAUUUUUAUUAAAUUAUAACAUAGAGCAAAGUUUUAACUAAGAAUCUCGCAAAAAUACAGAAAUAUUUAGAAGACCCUUAGAAAAUAUUGGUGUAUUCAUUAUCCCUCUAACUUGUUUAAUACUGCCAAACGGUAUGAAGAAAUGAGAUGUUGUGUCAUUCACAAUGUAUAAUAUAUGUAUUAAUGUGUGUUUGUGCACUAGUUUUUGAAAAGUCUAUUGCUAAUGUCGUGUCUUUGUCCAAACCAAUGUUAGCCCAUCAUGUAAAAUACGGAGAGCACAAUGUCAUUUUCAAAUAAAGUCUAGUCAUAUUUUUUGUGUGAAACACAUGCAGCACGCAGAUGGCUCAUUUUUUUAUCAAUGUCUGUAUAUCCAUGUGUUCUUAAUUGUAUUAUCCCAAUGCAAAGUACCACACUAAGUAAAAUAUGAAGAAUUAGUUGGUAAAAAUUGCUUCACUUGUCUCAUUGGUGUCCAGGGCCUGAUAGUAAAUGAACUGAAUUACACACAAGCACAGAGGAACACUAAUGGGCACUGUAUUGUAUAAAAUUGAAGAAGUGGGUGGUUAAUUGGAAAAGGUAAUGGAAAUACUUCACUCCUGUCUUAGAAGCCAGAAAAAUGUGGCUACAUAUAUGUCUGGAGUGUGGUUAAACAGAUAAUGGAUGAUCACAUAGCAUGUAAACGUUAGGGAAUAUGCUUAUAUAUGAGCAUGUUUCCUGAUUAUCCAUAAGUUGUAAUCUGUUUGUGGAAAAUUUCUUCAUUUAAUUCCACUUAUUGCAGCUUAAAUAAUUUUAAAGAUUAUUUUUUUAACAAAGUUGAAAGUAUUUUCAGUUACCCACCUUUGUUGAAACCACAGUGAAUUUAUUUUUUGGCAUAUGGAACUAUAAUUUGUUGACAUUUCUCAAACAAAAUAUACAUUUAUCCACUACAUGAUUACAGUUUUCUUAUAUACAGUACAUGUUUCUUUCAUGAAUGCAUUUGUUGCAUGAAUGUUGGAGUGUGCUUGUGCUGCAGUCUUGCUUCUAUCCAUGACAGUUUCUGCAAGAGCAGUUCACAUCGCUCUCAAGUGGGUGGUUUAUCUUGAUGGUCUGCAGAAAAAAGUAGCCAUGUUCUCUGCAUGCCUAACUGCAGUCAUACAGAUUUGCAGCCAUAAAAAUUUUGUUAUUGAUAGGGAGAGAGAAAAGGCAUUAUGGGCUGCAAUCUUUGAAUGCUGAACUUGUACAUGCUCUAUCAGUAGCUGUUUUUGAGGCAGUUAUUAAAGUCUAUCUAAAAUCCUCUCUUAGUUCGCACUUUACACUUGUAAUCUAUUACUGAAGUACACAACAAACAUUAAUCUCUAUGUAAGGUGCCUAAUUUGAGAGACAUCAUAACAGUGAGGAGCCCAGUGAACAGUGACACACCUAGAGUGCCCUUGAAGUUACCUUUCACAGCCCAGUGGAUAUUUUCCGUCACUACCAGGCAAUCAUGGCAGUUUGUGAACAGUGAAGAUGUAGCAAAAACAUUAGGGGUAUGACUUUCCAAAUUUAAAAUUCUAUGGUUGCACAUAAUGAACUUCUGCCUAAAACUCUCAAAAAUGUCACCCAUUUUGUUAAAUUGUGAAAAAAAACCUCCCACACUAAACAAAACAUAGCUUUACAUGGGAGUAUCUAAAACAAAUUUAAACAACUUUCAUUUGUAAGUGGAGUAUGGUAUACAAUAAAUUACCAGAAAGUUUGAAAUUUAUGAAUUACUUUUUAUGAACUUGUUGUCAAGAUAUUUGUCACUUCUGCUGUGCUGUGAAGCUUUUCCAUUAGCUUUACAGCUCACUCAGUCACCACAUUUGAGUGAAGCACAUCAGGCACGGAUCAUUAAUUUUUCCAGUGAAUGGAAAAAGAUUUUAGAGCCUUAGAGCACUUCAGUUUAGAUCCAGCAGCAUAAAGUUCACUGUAUGUGUCCUCUAAACAGUGCUGGUUUGAAAACCAUACCAUUUCCCAUGCAGUUACAGUGAAGUCACAAGUAACUUUGAGCUGAUCUCUCCUUUUCAGAAGGAUAAAACUAAGCAGCUAGUGUAAAUAUUGCCCUUCAAUUCCACCUGGCACAAUGAAGGGGAGGUAGCUUCAGGUAGCUUCUGUCAUUUGAUCAGAGGCCUAUUUUUCUCCUCAUGAUAGGUGAACACUUCACAGAGCUGAAAAAGAAAUCUGAUGUCAUAUCUCCAUUCUGGGCUUUCAUGUGUUGGUGCCUUUUCUGAGCCAGAAUAGCAGUUUUGUAAGUCUUCAUAUCCUGCCAAAAUGUCUUCAUUGAAUAGGUACUUGACGGUGGUGACCUUGAUUUUGUUGGCAACAAGGACUAUGAUGUCAGUAGUGUAUCCCACUAGGCCUCCUGUUUCAGUUUGUUUUCUGUGAAGUUCUCUGUCUUCACUGCAAAGCCAGUUUCCACUCAGUUUUUGUAAUAUCAAAAAUAUGAGUAAGAUUGUUUCAAACACUUCAUUCCUCCGCUUUCUAAAAUUUUUGAACACUUUUGUGAAUUUGUGAACCUUUGCAUAAAUUUUCUUUGUUGAAAUAAAAGGGAAGCUCAGCUUUUCCCAGAGUUCCAAUAAUUCUUGUGAUGUGAUGUCUUCUUUAUAUGGGCAUUUCACUCCUUGACGUUGUCUUACAAGCCAGAAAUCUACCAACAGUAUCUCUUUUCAAAGGUGCUUUGCACAGAAUCUCAUUCAUGUCCUAUAUCGCUUCUGGUAUGUUGGGAUGGGCACUUUGUAGCUGUUGUCAAAUUUCUCAUCCAUAUCUUUCCAAGUGACUUUACUGCUGAUUUUAAUUGGCAUAUGUAAACCAGAAAAUAAAAUAAAUGCUGUCAGAAAUGAUAACUGAGGAAGCACUGCUCCAAACAGAUGUGUUGUGCUAUUUUUGUGUACCACAUAAAUGAAAUUAUAUUGGGUGUGGGAGGUUUUUACAUGGCCAGAUAAAAAUAUACCAAAAAAGUAACAAAUAGUCAAAAUUUCAUCAAGUGCAACAACAGGAAAUUAAUAUUUUGAAAAGAGUUAAAAAGCCAUAACCUUAAUAGCCAUAACCAUAAGUCUAAGAAUAAUAAUAAUUCUAGCAAUUAUAUUUUUUAAUUGUGAGUGCUGGCAUUUCAUAUGAGAUGUUGAAGUAGUCAGUAAUAAGUUACAAAAUAGUUGUUAUUUUUUGUAUGUAAUAUGUCUGUGUAAAUUUUUGUCUUA